AUGCAACAAAAAGCGCUGAUACGCAAUGAGGUGAUUUCAAACCAACGACAUGUGACAUUAUGGAAGAAGGUUCCACCGACCAGCCCGUCCAUCAGUCAAGACACCUUGCGGAAAUCUUCUUGUCUCUAUUCUCGACCACAAGAUAAUCUAGUUUCGGGUAUUGCCGAAAUCGGCAUUGGGUUUGCACUUGGCGUCCUUUGGAGUGAGUUCUUCAUUGCUUUCACAGGCUGUGGACCAACCAAUUUUUCGGAUACUCUUGAAAGAAUAUGCUACCAGGGCGUAAUUGUCUUGGCCGGAGUAGCACUCUUUAAUCGGAUUGUGACAGGUGGUAAGGAUUUGGAAAAGUCAGCGGAGGAUGUCUUUGGGCCACUGGAAUCCUUUACUUUGAUUCAAGUACAAAUUGCUGAGUAUUCCAGCGCAUUGGCAGUAGUUGGUGCCUUUGUGGCCUUGGGAUUUCAGUAUAGUCGAGGGGCAGAUAUUGAUGGCCUAUCAGGAAUUGAUGUGGCCAUGUGUCGGGCUAUUCGAGACCUGUAA